AUGAGAACACCCUGUGGAAAUGUCUACUCUCACGACCAUCUCAAAAAGGUUGCAGAGACGGCUAGGAAGCAGGGGAUAAUGGUGAUCACAAACGACCAAACUAUAUUUGGAGACAAUCCCUUUGUUCCAAUGGGGAAGUUCGCAACGAUCGUCCCUGUGUUGACGUUAGGAGGAAUAUCUAAAGGAUGGGUUGUUCCUGGAUGGAAAAUUGGCUGGAUCGCCUUGAGUGGCUCAAUCCAUCUUGACAUAACUCCGGACCCUUCCACUAUAAUUCAGAACAGACCUUCGAGUUUUGAGUUCACAGUUCGCGUGUUCUUGAUCUCUGUUUCGAUACCGCUUCCGCCUCUCCAUCACUCGAUCGAGAAAGGGGAUAAGAAGUUCUUUGCAAAGAAGAACGAGAGACUCAAACAUAAUGUCGAUUUGGCGUGUGGUAGGCUCAAGGACAUCCCCUGCCUCGUCUGUCCCAAGAAACCCGAGUCUUGCACUUACUUGUUGGUAAAAAUUCUAUAA